AUGGAUCCGAGGCGACCAUCGGCAUCAUUCGUUUGGGAUCUUGGUGGCGCACCACAUGAAGCAAGCCACCAGCUAGAAGACGAGCGACCUACCGUGGGUUUAGCACCGCCAUACUAUAUUCAGAGCGAAGGCAGGCAUCGGGAAGCUGUCGUGGGACGUACAUUCAGUACUUCAUUCAUGCGGAGCCCUCCAAUUCGAGCCCGGCUUACGUACCAAGACGAAGAAGACCGCUACAGCGGCAUGGAAGCGACCAUCGGGUUCGAUAGUAACUUGGACGAUCAAGCAUCGGUCCAAGACCAGAAUCGUGCUUCUAAGAAUCUAAAUCAAGUCCACGGGGAUUCGCGGAGCCCGUUGGUGUUUAGUGUCGUUGUUCCUAGGCGCUCGCCACGCAAGCAGCAAGCCUCCACCCAGAGUUGCGAGCAACGCAAGCGCCGGAUCGGAGACUCGAGAGCUGCAGCAACUUUCAAGAUGCCGUAUACUCUCCGGCGGAUUCCAACAAGCGAAUUGCUACACGUUCUAACAGUGCCACCCGUAGUCGCCGCACAACGCGCAACGAGCUCGAGUGGGAAGUCGCCAAGCACGGCGCAACGCAGAGACCGCGGCAAGACAACAAGCUCUGUACGGCGCGGACAAGAAAGCACCCUGUCUGCUCCUUCGGCGCCGGCAACAAGUGCCGAAAUAGUGCUGUUCGAAAUGCACAAAAAGCGCAAGCCCGAGCACUGGCGGUUUAUUCAGCUCGCCUGCAAAAAUGAGUAUAUCGGGAUGAAUAUCAAGGACCUACGAUCGGAGCAUGCUAGGUGUGCAUACUGCAACAAGUGCGGAGAAGAAAUUGUUUUCGAGAAGUCCAACACCGCCUAUGUCACCAGGCACAUGAAAAAGAAGCACCCGAAAGAACUCAAGAAAGCAGCCGAAGAGGAGAAAGCGCGCAAGCAAACUUAA